AUGGCAUCCCGGACGACCACACUUUCAAUAUGCCACCGAUGCUUGCAAACCGCAUUGAGAAGAAGUGCUCGAACACCAACUCGAAUUGCCCCGCGCGCGGCGUUUUCCUCGACGGGCUCGACCUCGGCCGCGACCCAAGGUGGCCAUGGCAAACCUAUCGUGCUUGAACAACCAGACAAAUUCCGGCCGCCGUCGCACCCUGCGCGGCUGAAUCGGCGGCCUCCGCGGGCGUACAACCAGGGCACGACGACGGAAGAGAAGCAGCAGCAGAAGACGAGAUCAUAUCCGCACAUGUUCCCCGACGAAGGGACGUUUAUGCAUUGGUUCCUGACGGACCGGAAGAUCCAUAUUUGGAUUACGAUGGGCACCCUCACGAUCCUUGCCAUCAUCACCAUGACCGAGACGUUCGUCAAGACAUCCCCCUAUGGGCAUCUGUUGCCUCCGGUUUCGUCGCUCCUGUUCCAUCCUAUCACAUACCUCCGCGAGUCGACGGCCGUGGUGCGCCUGCAUAUCGAGUACACGACCCAGCAGGCCAACGAGUCGCGACAGCAGAAGAUCCUCGACGCCCAGAAACGCCGGCUGUACCGUCGCGCGCAUGGCUUGGAAAACCUCGACGCCGAAGAGGAGCAGGGCAUCGAUGUCCGAGGUCUGGUGCCGUGGGACGACGGCUUGACCAAUAAAGAGCGCGCGAGGGGCGGCCGCGAUGUGGUCAUCACUGGGAGAGAUGUCGUCGAUCUGGGCGGCAGCGUCGGCGAGGAUGUCACGCAGUUUGCGAAGCACCUCAAAGAGCAGACAGAGGCCGAGGGAGCCGGAGCCGCCACCGCAGCCGACGGCGCUAUUGUAAAGGAUGCCCAACAACAGCCCCCGCAACAGCAGAGGAAGAGGAAGUUGUGGUUGGGGAUUUGGUGA